AUGGUCCUCCAGGAUCUUGGACGGCGCAUUAAUGCCGCUGUCAAUGACUUAACGAGAUCUAACAAUCUCGACGAGAAGGCGUUCGAUGACAUGCUUAAGGAGAUCUGCGCAGCCCUUUUAUCUGCCGAUGUCAACGUCAAGCUUGUUCAGACCCUCCGCAAAUCGAUCAAGAGUACCGUUAACUUCGCUUCUAUCCCCGCCGCCACGAACAAGAAACGCCUGAUCCAAAAGACCGUUUUCGAUGAGCUCGUGGCCUUGGUUGACCCUCACUCGGAUUCCUUCCGCCCAAAGAAAGGUCGCUCAAAUGUCAUCAUGUUUGUUGGUUUGCAAGGUGCGGGUAAGACUACCACCUGUACCAAGCUUGCUCGACACUACCAGAUGCGUGGCUUCAAGACAGCAUUGGUCUGCGCGGAUACCUUCCGAGCUGGUGCUUUCGAUCAGUUGAAGCAGAACGCGACCAAGGCCAAGAUUCCUUACUACGGUAGUUUGACUCAGACCGAUCCAGCUGUCGUGGCCGCGGAGGGUGUCGCCAAAUUUAAGAAGGAGCGCUUUGAUAUCAUUAUCGUGGAUACUAGUGGUCGUCAUCGACAGGAGGAGGAAUUGUUCAACGAAAUGAUCCAAAUUCAGGAGGCGGUUACUCCUGACCAGACGAUCCUUGUUCUGGACAGUACUAUCGGUCAGGCCGCGGAGGCACAAUCAUCGGCAUUCAAAGCUUCUGCCAACUUCGGUGCCAUUAUUAUCACUAAGACUGACGGCCAUGCUGCGGGUGGUGGUGCCAUCUCCGCUGUCGCCGCUACUCACACACCUAUCAUCUUCUUGGGAACCGGUGAACACAUGAUGGAUCUUGAGCGAUUUGAGCCCAAGGCCUUUGUCUCUAAAUUGCUGGGCAUGGGUGAUAUGGCUGGGUUGCUCGACCAUGUGCAGGCCAUCACUAAGGAUUCCGCUGGUGCCAAGGAGACUUACAAGCACAUCACCGAGGGUAUCUACACUAUUCGCGACUUCCGUGAGAACAUUACAUCGAUCAUGAAGAUGGGCCCUCUCUCCAAGCUUUCUGGCAUGAUUCCCGGUCUUUCCAACUUGACCCAAGGUCUGGAUGAUGAAGACGGUUCCAUGAAGCUCCGCCGUAUGGUUUACAUUUUCGACAGUAUGACUACUGCGGAAUUGGAUAGUGAUGGCAAGCUUUUUACCGACAAGCCGAGCCGCAUGGUCCGUAUUGCUCAUGGAAGUGGUACUACCGUGCGUGAGGUUGAAGACCUUCUCUCUCAGCACCGCAUGAUGGCCGGUAUGGCUAAGCGUGUUGGUGGUCAGAAGAAGCAGAUGCAGCGUGCCCAGGACAUGCUCAAGGGUGGCAACAAGCAGCAACAGAUGGCUGCCAUGCAAAAACGUAUGCAAGCUAUGGGUGGUGCUGGUGGCAUGGGUGGCAUGGGCGGAAUGCCCGGUAUGGGCGACAUUGGCAAGAUGAUGCAGAUGAUGGGUGGUGGCCAAGGAGGUGCUGGCGGCAUGCCAAACCUCGGUGGUAUGGACUUGCAAAGUAUGAUGAGCCAGAUGAGUGGGCUGAUGGGAGGAAUGGGUGGUAUGGGCGGAAUGGGCGGCGGUGGUGGUGGUGGUGGUGGACGUGGAAGAGGACGGUAG